AUACCGAUAAUUUCCGAUAUUACAUUUUAAAGCAUUUAUCGGCUGUUACAUAUCUAGUUCUUGUCAAUGAUGAUCAAAUCAAAGCCAUAUACUCCCAGUUUUCAAGGUAAUUUCCCACUCCGGCAUCAAGAAAAACAAAAACUUUCCACAUAGUAAGAGUUCCUCUCUGCUGUGAUUGGCUAAAAGUACACAUAAUAGAUACAUUCGGACCAAUCAGUAACGAUACUGUACAUCUCUCCUGUCCAAUCACAAGCUCAGGACCAGGCGCUUGUGCCCGCCCCCAGACGUCAGCUCGUAGUCUGGCCGAAACAAGUCAUUUAGACUGGACAUGAUGGGGAAGACGCAGCUGAGCCUCCAUUAAAGGUUGAAACAAGUACAAAAUACAACUUUAAGCUUCUUGUAGCAUGACUACGGCGCUUGUGGGCGUUUUUAAGUAACUUACAGGAGUCCUCUUUGGAAGGAUGGCAGCCCCCAGCAACUCGCUCCAGCAGCCCAGGGUGAGGCGCAGCAAUGCGGGCUCCCCCGGCUCGCUCAACGCCGCCAGCUGCCGUCUGCACCCCAUCCGUGCCACCGUGCCCUACCAGCUCCUGCGCGGCGGCCAGAGCAGCCCGACGCGGCCGCACAACAUCCACGGGGGGGCCGCGGGCAGCCGAGGCUCCAGCCCCCCUUCCAGCCCGACUCUCCUCCCAGGAAGUGGGCUUGCCAGGCAGAGACUGUCUCCAGAAAACAGGGACUCCUGUCCGCCAGACUCGCCUGUUUCUAGAGAAAGAUCCAGGCUUCAGAUGCGGAGUUCCAGUGCUAUUCGGCGGACAUCUUCCCUGGAUGCCAUCACGGGGCCGUACCUCACCGGCCAAUGGCCCCGCGAUGCACACGGACCUUACCCCUCUUGUAUGAAAGACAAAUCCACUCAGACUCCCUGUCUCUGGAUGGACGAGGGGGCAGAACAGGGAAGUCCACACCAAAGGUCGGGCUCCUGGGGCAGCGCCGACCACCUCAAGGAGCAGAUCGCCAAGUUGAGACUGCAGCUUCAGCGAAGCAAACAAGUCAGCCGGCAGAGCAAAGAGCGUGACGCCACCUCCGCCACGCUACACGUACAACACGGCGGCCAGUGUACCUCACAGCACAAAGGGUCCUCAUCCACACCGCUGCCAAAGACGCUGAUAUGUCGCGUACCGAGCAGCGUGGAGGGCAUCAACCACGAGCUGGAAAACGUCUUCAUCAGAGAGGACUGGGAGCACAGCAUACAGGCCAUGGAUGCCGCUGAUGGACGGCGUGCCCCUUUCCCCGUCCAUCGCUACAGCCACAGCGGGGAGACACGCGACACCGACACGCAGGCACCCUCCAGCGGCGAGUCCAGCCCAUCGCCCCACCCCCUUAGCCCCGAACACCUGCUCUCCCCUGACGGAAGCCCCUCCUCCACGGAGGAAGUAGACAAAGACGGCGUGUGUAGUUCUCCCCUCCCAAAGUUUGCCACCUCGCCCAAGCCCAACAACAGCUACAUGUUCAAACGAGAGCCACCAGAGGGCUGUGAGAAGGUUAAAGUGUUUGAGGAGAUGGUGUCGGGCCAAUCCAAAGGCUUCCCUCUCUUCUCGUGUCCCGACAAAAACAAGGUCAACUUCAUCCCGCGAGGCUCCGCCUUCUGCCCCGUCAAGCUGCUCUGCUCCUCCCUUUUCUCCCCCGUGUCCUGCGCCUCCGUCGGCCACGGCCUCCACGCCAACGACGCUCAGGUGACCCCCGCCCCGCCGCCUCUGCCCUCCGCUGUCAGAGAAACAGACGCCGUUCGGCAAAGCCCGGGAGUCGAGACGGGAAAGGACGGCUCGGGGCAACUCGUCCUCACCAGUGUGUCCUCAGCCACACUUUGCCUUCCCGCAUGAUCGCCACAAUCUGCAAGUUUUCUUAGCGAGAGACCAAAAGACUGAUAUGGUGGGUGGGGGGGAGAAGACUCCACCUUCCUGCUUCGCGGCGGUCUUUUUAGCGGAACAAAACGACUCAGGUUGGUGUGGAAUGUUCUUGUUUGGACCGUUGCCAUUUUUGAAGCGCAGUUUGAUACGAAUCACAUCAGCAGACUCAUCGUAGAACCUGUUUUUUUUUUUUUUUUUAAGCUUUUAGGUGCUACGACACAUUCCAUAGGUCAUGUUGUACACAAGCCCCGCCCUCCCAAAGUGACAGGUUGAGAAUGUACCAAAGCAAACGUAAAAAUAAUCGGCGGGGGUCAUGUUUGGAGCAGAGGUGCUAAUCGGUAAACCAGGUUAAAGCACUUACUUGGACAUAAUCCUUUUGUUGUUGUUCAUUUGCAAUCUGAAACAAUCAAAGGUGUGCACAAAAAGAACCACUGAGGUUUGGGUGUGUACGUCUACGUGCGCAUACAAGCACAACUAUGACCAAUAAUGUAUGCCAGGCAUUCCACGACACACAAUUUAAAUCGCUGAUGUGCUCAUUGUGUGCAUGCAGCAACACUUCCCCCGU